AUGGCGGCUGCCAACGCCGUCCUCGUGUUCGGUAGCAUCCGGCAAUCCGGGGGGAGCGACACGGGAGCCUUCAAGGUGUCUACCGAGCUGUUCGGAUGGAAGAACAAGCGCACCGGCGAAGUCGUCCAGCACCGACAAAACGAUGUGCAAAACAUCACCCUCAUCAAUACCGGAGGAGGCACGUACCAGGUGCGCUUCGAGAUGAACGCCGCCAAGGAUAACGCCGUCCUGAGGUUCUGCGGGUUCUCAGAAAAGGGCAUUGCAGAACUGAGGCAGCACCUCGAGACCCACUUCAAGGUCCCGAUAACCAUGGACGAAGUAGCGCACACUGGCUGGCACUGGGGGACGUACGAGUUUGACAGCAACACCUUCAAACUCAAAAUCGACGAGAAGACCGCCAUCGACAUUGACGCUAAAAGCGUCAGCCAGGUCACAGUCCCGGCCAAAACGGACCUCGCUGUCGAGAUCAAGCCGGAAAAGGCAAGCACCACAGGAGAUGAGCUAGUGGAGAUCAGGUUCUUCAUGCCCAACAAACCGGAUUCUGAGGACAACGAGCUGCAGUUGGAGGACCUCAAGCAGACCUUCCUGCUCAAGGCCGGACUCGACGAACUCAAGACGGAAACCGUCGCGCUGCUCACAGAUGUGCCGCUCAUCGUCCCGAGGGGAAGGUUCGAAAUCGAGUUCACGAGGAGGCACAUCAAGUUGCACGGAAAGAGUUACGACUACAACAUGUUCUUCACGAAUAUAUCACGCAUGUUCCUCGUCCCCAAACCCAACAGCCCUCACGUCAACUUCAUUGUGGGUCUGCACCAGGCGAUGCGCCACGGGCAGACCAGGUACCCCUAUGUUGUUAUGCAAUUUGACGCCGAGGAGGACAUCGAGCUGGAGAUUAACAUGCCGCCAGCUGACUUGCAGACCAUGAAACUGGAAAAGCUAAUGACCGGCAAAACGUUCAAUGUGGUGACAAAACUCUUCGGGACGCUGGUUAGCAAGCCUAUCGUCGUGCCUGGAGAGUUCAAGUCGGACAAGGGAGAAUCUGGAUUCUCAUGCACGUACAAGGCAACGAGCGGUCACCUGUUCCCACUCAACAGAUCGCUGCUGUUUAUUGUUAAACCGGUCAUUUUCAUCAGAUUCGAUGACAUAAUUUCUGUCGAGUUCAGCAGGACCGGCAUGUCUACGCAAAACAGAUUCUUCGCAUUCAGUAUCGCCACCAAACUAGGGCAAGAAUUCGAGUUCACGAACAUCGAUCGUGCGGAAUUCGAGCCGCUAUCGAAGUAUCUGGCGUCGAGAGACGUGAAAAUCAAGAGGCUCGAGGAGGCCGAAAAGGCCGCUAACUACCGAGCUGCGCAACUCGCAGGCGCAGAAGAUGAUGAGGACGAUGAGGAAGAUGAAGAUUUCGAAGAUGAGGAAGAGUCAGAUGACGACGGUUCCGACGAGCUCGAGGAGGAGGAAGAAGAGGAAUAG